AUGGUCAGAGUCGCUAUUGCUGGUGCUUCCGGGAAGCUCGCCCUUGAGGUCAUUGACAAGUUGGCCGCCGCCGGAAAACAUGAGAUCCUUGGAUUGGUCCGCAAGUCUACUUGGGGAGUGAGGUACAUCCAGACUUCUUAUCAAGACGAGAAGGAGCUAGUAGAGAUUCUCGACGGUGUUGAGACUGUUCUCUCUUUUAUCGUGGCUCACACCGACCCGAAUGCGGAGACAGCCAAGCGUCUUAUCGAUGCAUCGAUCAAGGCUGAGGCCAACAAGCUGGAAGUCAAGAAAUACUUGGAAGACAUCAACAAGAGCAAAAAGGUGAUUGAGUACAGUUUGUUCCAGCCAGGAGCUUUCAUGAACUACUUGGGGUAUCCUCAUCAGACCACCAAGUACUACCAGAUCGAUUAUGCUACCUUCAUAGAUUUCGAGAAGGCUACUGCCUUCAUUCUCGAGGGGUCUGAGAGUGCCGAAAUGUCAAUCACUACCAUCGAAGACAUUGCGGAGGUAGCUGCACGAGCCGUCGAUUACGAAGGCGAUUGGCCUGUUGUGGGCGGUAUCACCGGCGAUAGAGUCACCAUUGGAGAACUCAUUAAGCUGGGAGAAAGGUACAGAGGAAAACCCUUCCAGGUCGACAGAUUGAAGCUUGAGGACCUCAAGGCAGGCAUUGUCAAGACAGACUUCGCCCCUGAAAUUGACGUUCCUGGUGUUCCAGCGGAGCAGAAGGAGUAUUUCAGCAACGUAGUCGUUAUCGGAGCGACAAUUUCGACUGCUCGAGGCACAUGGGCAACAACUGAUGAGUGGAAUAAGUUGCUUCCUGAAUUCAAACCAACCACCAUUGAGGAGUACCUGCAGAAGACCUGGGGCUCUCAAACUUGGGGGUUGUUCAAUCUGGGCUGGGCCAAAGCCAGAUAUCCCGCCUGUCAAUACCACGGCCAUAAAACUAGUAUUGGCUUAAUACAUCUAGCUCAGGCCUCGUAA